CAAAGGCCCCGUUCAAGCUGCGUCACGUGCACAGCACUUUUACAGCAGUGAAAACAACAACUAAGAAAUGGAUUCGCCUUUCUUUCACCCUCGCACUGCAUCAACAACAGGACCAGGCCAGGACACUGAACCGGGAACCAGGUUUCGACCGACACAGCACAAAGAAGCACCAUGAGCAAGAACAACGAACUCGUCGAUGACCUUGUCGCAAAACUCAAGAGGCGUCAACUUGUGGGAUCCUCCACAGUGGCACAAGCAACCUUGAGGCUCCUGAUUGUGGUCAUCUCCAAGAGCAACUGGACGACCUGCAAUCAACUGGUCACGAUUGUAAAAUCUGUUGGCCAGAGACUGGUUCAAGCUAACCCUACGGAGCUUGCUGUCGGGAACAUCGUUCGACGCGUGCUCCAUGUUAUCAGAGAAGAGUUCCGGGAGGCAGAGUCUACGGCGACGCACCAAAACCAGAACCAGUCCGAAUUUCAUCCUGCGCCGCUUACAACUUCGUCCUCGAUGUACAACCUGCUCGGGGAGACAGGGUCAGCCCCAGACGAGAAUGUGCAGUAUCCAAGUAGUUUGAGGAGCAACAUUAUCCAGGAGAUUCGUGAGAUCAAGGACGAGCUUGAGAACAUAUACGAUAGCAUCAAGAACCAAGCCUCCCUUCAGAUACAUUCAAACGAAAUCAUUAUGACCAUUGGGCGAUCUAAAACUGUGGAAGAGUUUUUGAAGAUGGCCGCUGUAAAGAGAAAAUUCCAGGUGUUGGUUGCAGAGAGUGCACCCUCAUACUCUGGACAGGAGAUGGCGCUUGAGCUCUCAAAAGCUGGUAUUGAAACAACGGUCAUUCCGGACUCGGCUGUUUUUGCAGUGAUGUCGCGCGUCAACAAGGUCAUUCUCGGCACACAUGCCGUUCUUGCCAAUGGAGGGCUGGUUGCGAUUUCAGGAACACAUAUGAUGGCAGCAGCAGCAAAACACCACUCGAUCCCUGUUGUUGUUUGCACGGGGUUGUACAAGUUGUCGCCUUUAUACCCGUAUGACGAGGACAGCUUUAAUGUGCUGUUCAAUCCAGAUUCGGUUCUUGGCUUUGAGGAUGGUGAUCUGAUUGAGAAGGUGACGGUGACAAACCCAUACUACGACUAUGUGUCACCCGAGUUUGUCAACUUGUUUAUCACGAACCAAGGAGGGCAUCCACCAUCAUAUCUUUACCGUCUCAUUGUCGAGAAUUACGAUCCAAACGAUCACACCUUUGACCUCUAAGAAGCAACUUUAUUUUUUUUUUUCCAUUUGCGCAUGCACCUCAAUAAACACUCGGGAAAAACAGAUAACGGGAU